GAUGAACCAGCAAUGCAAGGUAUGCGGAGAGCCAGCGGCCGGCUUCCACUUUGGUGCCUUCACCUGCGAGGGCUGCAAGUCAUUCUUCGGCCGGACCUACAACAACAUAAGCUCAAUCUCCGAGUGCAAAAACAACGGACAGUGUGUUAUCAACAAAAAGAAUCGCACUGCAUGCAAAGCGUGCAGAUUACGAAAGUGUCUGCUGGUCGGAAUGUCGAAAAGCGGCUCGCGAUACGGUCGCCGCUCGAACUGGUUCAAAAUCCACUGCCUGCUACAAGAGCAGCAGCAGCAAGGAAUAAACAUAAACCCCGGCUUACUACGACCGCACCCUUAUCUACCGCUACUACGAAACCCUCCGCUCCUGUCGAGCGACACAAAAAGUUCCGAAUCGGACAGUGGCGCCUCCUCGGCCGAUCUCGAGGACGACGUCCGCUCGACGAGCGGCCUGAGCUGUUUUCGGUUCACCACCUCGCCGGCAAUUAGCGACAAGUCGACGGUUUCGAGCAAGAAGCUGCCAUCACCUUCGAGCGACUGCGAGUACUUCCCUCGUAGGCCGCUCAUGCCGCCGAUUUCAGCGCCGUUUCCGAUCGUGUCGCCGAGCGGUACGUUUCCGAGGUGGCUUCCGACGUUCAGCGGCCUCGGCGAUUCCAGUCCCUUUCGCGACUUGUGGUUGAAAGGCGGCGGCACGUUGCCACUGGCGGAAACUGCCCCCGAGCAGGAACAUCCAAUAGACUUAUCGGUGCGUUCAAUUAAUUCUAAAAUGCAAGUGCAAUCGAACUCUUUCGCCAUCGACGAAAGUGAAAUCGUAAAACCGGUGCCUUUAGAUUUAACGUUAGAUAGACAAGCAGAUAUUGUUACGAAUUAAAUUAUUGAACGUGGUUGUGAUCCUUUUAUACAAUAAUAUUAUAUAACGUUGUGAAACCGUGUAUGUUCCUGUUGUGCUACAAUCGAGCCAUAUAAAAAUGAACAGUACCUGAAAAUUGAAUUCGACAAUCAUCAUUCCCAUACUUUC